AUGACGUGCAAGCAACUCUAUUCAUUGUUGAAGUCACUGCUGCCGCAUAUUCAGCCAUCCAAUGAUAAAUGGAGACAUAUUGAUAAAAAGGAAGUGAGAGAGAGGACCCAAGGUGGCUCAACAUUGCGAACCACCUUGAAUGAUAACAGCAAGAACAAUCAAUUCCCUCAAACCCUCACACGUCUGAUCUUAGAGACGUCCAACGGCAGCAUCAAUGGCUUGCCCAUAACACCUGGCAUCCUACCUCAAACACUGCUCGAACUUAGAAUGGAGUACGAAAUCGAGAUCACUCCCAACCUCUUUCCAGAGUCACUCAACACUCUGUCACUUGGUAAAUACAGCAACGCCAAACUUGAGCCUGGUUUGUUGCCAGAGUCAAUCAGACGACUGGUGAUUGGAGACAAUCGAUUCAAACCAAUCACUCCUGGUGUACUCCCGACACGUCUAAUACAAUUGAAGAUAUGUUCGGUGGAUGGCGUCACAAGGCGAAUGCUGCCAAACACUCUAAAAUUCUUGACAAUCAUGGACUUUUUUACACCAAUCACGAGCAAUCAACUGCCAGAGUCACUAAAUUGGUUGACCACUGAUGGAGACAUACCUAUCCUGUCCAAAGAUUCAAAGCUACAAACCUUGAACUUGGUCGAUCACUUUUGCAAACAACAUAUUACGAGUGGUCUACUACCAGACUCAAUCAUUCGCUUGUCGAUUCCCCGUUCUUCUGGUCAGCCCAGCAGCAAGACGGCAUGGCCACCACGAUUGCUUCACGUGGUCCUGGCCAGCCUCAACCAUUUCAGGUUUGAUGGCACCUUCCCCAAGUCUCUGAUAUCGGUUGGAGUCAGAGAUCCAGUCAGAUUUGAAGGUGUACUUCCACCAUUCAUCACCAAACUUGAUAGUUUCCAUCUCAUUGUCAAUCACAAGCUAAAAAAGGAGAAUGCUCGUCCUCUGCUUUUAUUCAUCAAGCAUCUAUUCACGAGAGUUCCCAAUGUUACCACCUACUACUUGAGGUUCACCGAUGGAUCACUUAUGCAACUGCGACGACUGGACAAACGCAACACCUUGAGCAUAUUACAAAGGUCCACAGACAGCAGCUGGGAAACAAUUUUGGCAAAUAUCCCAAAGUACCUCCCAAGCGACAUUAAUUACGAAUGUCACUCAUUGGGUCUCAGUCAGUAUACAUGUCGUUACAACAAAGCCAACACCUUUGUCCAGAUAUUGACCAUCCCUGAAGUCAGUUGCCUCAACCCAACCCAAUAA